UGGACAGCAGCAGAAAGAAGCAGAGUGUGCUUCUCCAGUGAAGCUGAAAGCAAUGGAUCCCAAACAUCACAGUGUGGCAUUAAAUGAUGGUCACUUCAUUCCUGCGCUGGGACUUGGAACCUAUGCACCUGACAAUGUUCCUAAGAGUGAGGCUGGGGAGGCCACCAAAAUAGCCUUAGAUGUUGGUUUUCGCCACAUAGAUUCUUCUCAUGCCUACCAAAAUGAAGAGGAAGUCGGUAAGGCCAUCCGCAGCAAGAUUGCAGAUGGCACCGUGAAGAGAGAAGACAUAUUCUACACCUCCAAGCUUUGGUGCACUUUCUUUCGACCAGAGCUGGUCCGAAAAGGCUUGGAACAGUCACUGAAAAAACUUCAACUGGAUUAUGUUGAUCUGUACCUUAUGCAUUACCCAGCAGCUAUGAAGCCUGGGGAGGAGCUAUUCCCAAAAGAUGAACAAGGAAAAGUUAUACAUGACACAGUGGAUAUCUGUGCCACUUGGGAGGAAUUGGAAAAGUGCAAAGAUGCAGGAUUGGUUAAGUCCAUUGGGGUAUCCAACUUCAACCACAAGCAGCUGGAAAUGAUUCUGAACAAGCCAGGACUCAAGUAUAAGCCUGUGUGCAACCAGGUGGAAUGUCAUCCCUAUCUCAACCAGAGCAAACUGCUGGAUUUCUGCAAGUCCAAGGACAUUGUUCUGGUGGCCUAUGGAGCUCUGGGGUCAAGUCGAGAUCCAAAAUGGGUGGACCAGAGUUUCCCAGUUCUCUUGGAAGAUCCAGUGGUUUGUUCCUUGGCCAAAAAGCACAAACAAAGUCCAGCCCUGAUUGUCCUUCGCUACCAGCUGCAACGUGGAGUUGUGGUCCUGGCCAAGAGCUUCAUUGAGAGGGAGAUCAAAGAGAACAUUCAGGUAUUUGAAUUUGAGUUGUCUUCAGAAGACAUGAAAAGUCUAGAUGGAUUGAACAGGAAUGUUCGAUAUUAUCCUGCCGAUUUCUUUAUUGGACACCAAAAUUAUCCAUUUUCUGAUGAAUAUUAACCUGAAGACCUUUAUUAUAAUUUCUACUACAAGUUCCUUCCUGUGGACCAUGGUGUAGGGGACAUGGCAGAUGUUGGUGACUGGGCACCCUCUUCUGGUUAAUGCUUUCCUUAGCAACUUGCCCUUGGCCAGAUUUGUACCCAUAGGACAUAAAUUCAUGACUGUAAAGCUUUGUCAUUGUGGAAAACUAAAUGAUCUUUUAUUAAAAAUUUUACCUACACUCUUA